GUUCUUUGUGAUGCGGUUUUCCGCAAUAAGCCACUGUGUGUAAUGCUGUGUAAUUGUAUCCAUGCUGCACUCUCGUAGUUCACACAAGACUGAUACCUUGCCUCCUUUCUCCUUUGUAUCAAUUGGACGGAGUUCACGCUAUUGUUGCUGGAAGCUUCUUUUAUUUCUAUGCACUGUCGAUCAACGAAAUCUCACGAUAGCCUCCCGGUGAAAUGCAGUGGCUUUUUGCAGAGGCAGUCUGUUUGGAGAGCAAAGGAGACCCAUGAUCACCACUUAGUCUAGUCCAAGCUGCUGGAACUGUGGUGGCCCUAAUCAAUGACUAUUGAUUUAGUAGAUCUGAGGAGAUAAAAGAACAGAUAGAGACAGAUAAAGCUGCCAAUGUUUCUUGGGGUGGAUCAGUGUGCUUUGCAUCUAAGACCGAGGCAAGCAAGACUUCUUUAAUGGGACCCAUUGUGCCAAUUCCUCCUAUUCUACCAAGACGACUAAGUGUUUCGGCCAUGCCACAAUGGUUAUAAUUCUGAUUUUGUUUUUCCUGAGUUUCUUGGAUACCAGUGAGCAGAAUGUUUUGUCUGGCAGGCUGGCUAGGACACCAAAGGUUCCUUGUGCCACGGGCCAGUCGUGUGACCCAAGGCUGCGCAGAGAUGCUGGGGGACGCGGCGGAGUCUACGAGCACCUCGGGGGAGCACCAAGACGCAGGAAGCUGUACUGUGCUACCAAGUAUCAUCUCCAGAUUCACCCAAACGGGAAAAUUGACGGGACUCUUGAUAAGAACAGUCCGUACAGUAUAUUAGAGAUCACAGCUGUUGAUGUGGGAGUGGUGGCUAUGAAGGGGCUGUUUUCGGGCAGAUAUCUUGCCAUGAACAAAAGAGGACGCCUUUAUGCUUCGGACGCGUAUAGCGAAGAAUGCGAGUUUGUCGAAAGAAUUCACGAACUGGGUUACAACACUUACGCUUCACGCCCAUACCGGACUGUGCCAAACGCGGCGUCUGCGGUAAAACGACGAGCCAGUGCUGAAAGACUAUGGUACAUGUCUAUUAACGGCAAAGGGCGACCAAGGAGAGGUUUCAAAACACGUAGAACACAAAAGUCCUCUCUGUUUCUACCCAGAGUACUGGACAAUAAGGACCACGACAUGUUACGGUUAUUCCACACAAACGCCAAACAUAGGGAAAGCAUUCUGAAAACUUCAAACAAGAACGGAAGGAGCAGACGUGGGCAUUAAAUCACUCUUUUCUUGUUGAAGACCUUUAAGAAGCUAUAGACUGAUAUUACAGAACUACGUUAAUGUGACCAAAAUCAACACUGCUGGAUUUGUCUAAUUUUUAUUAUAUCAAAUGCAUUUAUUUGUAGAAUUAUUUUUUUAGCAUUACUAAAUAAUUAAUGUGUGUGUGUGUGUGUGUGUGUGUGUGUGUGUGUGUGUGUGUGUGUGUGUGUAUAUAUAUAUAUAUGUAAAUUAGUUUCUAUAUUGCUGUUAUGUCAAUGAUGAACAUUUUCAUCUGUGUGUACAGAUAUUAUAGAUGUCUUUUUUUAGAGCCAUGUAAGACCUUCUUAUGCUAUGUUAAAGUUUAGAAAAAUAUCCAUCAAGAAGAAUAUAGAGUAAAUAGGGAAGCUCUUUUUCUUAAAAAAAAAAAAAAUAAUAAUAAUUGCUGAGCAAUUCCAGAGUUGUUACUUAUAAUGCGAUAGCCUACUGCCUACUGUCUUUACUGUCAAACGGCACCAGUCACUUCCCAGUUUAUUCAGAGCGGGACUGAAAAUCUUUUUUUCAUUCUCAAACGCAACGAGUUAAUCAAUACAUUAGUAUUUCACCACAUUAAUGUAAUGGUACACUUUCAAAAAUACCGUAUUUUUUCGGUAAAUUUAUCUUAAUAUUGACCUAAUAACUGUAUUUGUAGAUUAAUUCUAGUGUAUAUUUCCGUAUUAUUAAAAGCAUUUUUUUAAAGUAAUUUUACUGAAAAGAAACGGUCAAUAUUAAGAUAAAUGUACGGUAUUUUUACAGUGUAUGUUGUCUUUAUAUUCUAGGUAUCAUAUGUCACUAAGCUUAUCAAGUGCCUAAAGACCGAAGAGUUACGAAAUGUCAGUGUUCUUAGAGUUUAUGAAGUGUCUCAGAGUUUAUAGUAGGUAUUUAACAUUUGACAAAUACCUGUAAAACCUGUGCAUUUUCAGAAACAAAGUGUACCAUGCCUUGGUUUAUCAAAUUAUAUUGGUACAUUUUGAGGUUUCCAAAAAUAUAUCAAUACAGUACAAAUGUAUUAAAUACAGGGACAUUAUAAUCUGUGGAUUUUACACUAAAAUGUAAAACAGGGUUUGAUAAUUCAGUAACUAUCUCCAAUAAACGC